AUGAAUCCUUUGUCAACCACAUCGACAUGUUUUGCCCUAGUCUCAACCAUCACCAAAACAUCUAUCGUGGUGGGAGGAUUCGUGAAGGACGUACGGGCGACAAGGAGCGACCUCGACGGAGUCUCUAGUGAACUGGGCUCCUUGAAGACCGUUCUCGAGUUGUUCGCAGACGAUAUCAAUGAAUCGAGGAAUGUGUCUUUUCGGCAGACUCUGCAGAAGCAAAUCGCUGGCAUAGUAACAAAUUGUAGCGGGGUUGUGGCCGGUAUUAAAGAGACGCUCAAGAAACACGAAGGCGGCAAGGUGGCCAAGGCGGCUCAAUGGGAUGCCUUUGAAAAGGGCUAUAUAGUGAAACUAAGAUCUACAACUAGUCUAGAGGCUCACAAAUAUGCUCUCGAAAUAGCUCUGGACCCGGUUUCCUUAGAGAUCAAAGCCGAUACGCAAGAAAUACUCGGGGACACUACCAAAAUUAAGGGGAAUACGGAGCUAAUUCUAGCUGAGAUUGCUCGUUUCCAGCAGCAAUUACUCCGCGACGUCGAGCGUCACCAUACAUCAGGAUGCAUGUUGGAGAGAUAUCUGGACAAUCUUACAAGCUACGCUGAGACCGUCUAUGAUACCAUUUCGACUAGUGUUGACGCUCCUGAGGGUAGUGAAAAUGGAUCAAUUAAGCAACAGGAAGGCACCAGCUCAAUAUAUCACACGGGAAGCAGCGGUGGUAAAUACGACGACGACAUUGAGCGUCCUCGUAAAUUUCGAUUAAGAGAGUCAGAAGGGCUCGAUAUUCAUUAUGAAUUAAGAUAUCUGCAUUGCACCUUGUUCUUUUACGCCAAUACCGAGAGAGAGGUAUACUGCAUGUCAUCCGCCUCCAAUUUCGUAUUAUGCAAGAGAACAAAGAAGGUUGUUGAUCUCCCUCUAAGCGGUUCUGUUAAGCAGAGACCGGGCCAUCGGCGCAGAAUUACUCCCGGGGGCCUUAAUCCUAGCAAAAGCCCAGAUAGGACCCGCGAAGGCUCGAUAGGCUCCGUGGUGUCUCUCAGAUCAUACAACGAUUUCAGUACCGAAGUUAAGCUAGGGGUAGCUUCACUAAUUCCGACGCCUCGAACGAUAGUAUGGGAGGCUACCGUAAUGGCAGUCAUAUUCGAAGCGGGCCUGGUGGAAGCAUGA